AUGAUGUACCGAUCGGAGACUAUGCCAGUACCGUCUGCAAUGUUGAACAGGCUUGAUUGCACGGAAAGGAAGCUGCUUAGACGGCUGCUUGGCUGCUUUUGGCUUGGGGUAUGCCACAAUGAAGAGCUUUACGCGGAAGUCAAUGUGGUGUACCCGCGGAUGACACGUGGAAGAUAUCAACAUCUUGCACCACCAUCGAAAGUGGCUACAGAAAAUCGUCUUCGCUUCUUUGGUCAUAUAAAAAGUGGUCCAACAGAUCGCUUUGUUCAACGAGUUUUGAAGAGUCAGUCGGAUUCAAGCUGGAAGAGGCCGCAUGACCGAAAGCGGAAGUUCUGA